CAACCCCAACUAGAACUAUGCGGAGCUGUCAGUGUCCCGCAAUUCAAGCUAUAUUGCAGGCUACGGCAGUAUAGAGCAAUAUUCCGUACCAGUGGAUCCCAAUACCCAAUACAUAGUACAACCAUAUCGAAUUGAAGAUGCCAACAUCGACUAUUACACAUUUCCAGUGACAAGUUGUUAUUCACAAUAUUUUGUCAAGAGCACCACAGACACUAGAACUAGAGCAAGGAAAUCUUUGAUAAAUACAGAAUGGGUGCAAUCGACGUCCUGAGGGCCGCCGAUGAGGCACCUCCGCAGCCAGUGUUGGUGCAGGCACUGCAGGAAGAGCUCGUCACGAUCAACAUCUCCGACACGGCAAAACCACAACUGACAGCAACUGAAACUGAAACCCAAGGCAACAAAAAGGUGGAAAGCUACCCCGAGGCAAAAAUAUCCCUGGUCGACAGAUUCAUCGACGAGCCGAGGGCGCUGAGGGUGGCAGUGAUCGGGGGUGGUCUCACGGGCAUCCUGGCAGGGAUACUGCUACCGGCCAAGGUCCCCAACAUCCAGCUCACCAUCUACGAAAAGAACAAGGACUUUGGCGGCACCUGGCUCGAAAACGUCUACCCGGGCGUGCGAUGCGACAUACCCUCGCACGUCUACCAGGCCACCUUCUCCCCCAAGACGGACUGGUCGGACGAGUUCGCCCCGGGCGCCGAGAUCAGGGACUACUGGCAGGCCCAGGCGCGCAAGUACGACGUGCACCGCUUCGCCAGGUUCGGCCGCCGGGUCGAGGACGCCUCGUGGGACGCCGCCGAGGCGGUCUGGCGCAUUACCCUGCGCGACGAGGACACGGGGGAGCAGCUGGUCGAGGUGGCAGACUUUGUGCUGACGGCCACCGGCCGCUUCAACGCCUGGAAGCUGCCGGAUUACCCGGGAAUAGGGGACUACAAGGGGCUGCUGCGGCACGCCUCCAACUGGGAUCCGUCGUUCGACCCGGCCGGGAAGAAGGUGGCCGUGAUUGGCAACGGUGCAAGCGGGAUCCAGCUGGUGGCGAACCUCCAAAAGACGGUGGGGAGGCUCGACCACUACGCCCGCAACAAGACCUGGAUCGCCACGUCCUGGGCCGGCGACGAGCGCACCAUGGAGCCGCAGCCAUACCCACAGCACCUCAAAGACUCGUUUGAGCGGGACCCCGAGGCCUACCUCCAGUUCCGCAAGGCACUCGAGCAAAAGUACUGGCGGGGCUUCAGCGCCUUCUUCAGGGGCUCCGAGGCGAGCACGGAGCUGCGCGCGCAGUUCGUCGAGGUGAUGCGGCGCCGCUUGGCCGCCAAGCCCGAGCUCCUCCGACACCUCAUCCCGGACUUUUCGCCAAACUGCCGCCGCCUGACCCCGGGCCCGGGCUACCUCGAGGCCAUCUCGUCCGACAACGUCGAGUACAUCCGCACGCCGAUCCGCCGCUUCACCGCGACGGGCAUCGAGGACGCGGACGGCCGGCUGCGCGAGGUGGACGCCGUGGUGUGCGCCACGGGCGCCAACGUCGACCACGUGCCGGCCUUUGGCGUGCGCGCGCACGGCCGCGACCUGCGGGAGGUGUGGGGCGGCGACGGCCACGGCUUCCCCUACACGUACCUGGGCGUGGCGACGCCGGGGUUCCCGAACCUGCUCUUCGUUGGCGGGCCGCACGGGACGGGCCCGUCGGGCACGGUGCCGCACGCGGCCGAGGUGCAGCUGACGUACGCGGCCAAGGUGCUGCGCAAGGCGGCGCGGGAGGGCGUGCGGAGCAUGGCGCCCACCACGCGGGCCGCCGACGACUUUGUCGAGUACAGCGACGCCCUGUUCGCCACCACGGUCCUGACCGACCGCUGCAGCUCGUGGUACAACGGCGGCAGGGCCGGCGGGCGCGUCCACGGCGUGUGGCCGGGGAGUGCGGGCCACGUCACGGCCGUGCGGAGGGAGCCGAGGUGGGAGGAUUGGGAGUAUGAGUAUCUGGACGGCGAGGGCGGCGUCUCGGCGAAUAGGUUCGCUUGGUAUUUUGGAAAUGGGUGGACGAAAAAGGAGGCGGACCCGGGGUCCGACAUGACUUCGUACCUACGGGUGCCUGACGAGAUUGAUCUACGGGAUUAUCACGAGUCUUGGUGGAGUUUGCCAUAGGCGACUUUUUUGCACAAUGGAAUUUCUUGUUGUCAUUCUCAG